UUCGCGGUAAAAGUCUCUGUUGUGGUCACGUGACUCAGUGACGUAAUUCUCCGGAAGCCGCGGAGGGACAAACAGAAGCAGUUCCAGCGGUGAUGUGGUAAACAGGCCAAUUACGUUUACCGGUGCUCCCACGCCGGCCAGAACGAGGCCUCCUCACCGCGGUCAUCUUCCCCCGGGUAACGAGCCGUCUAUCUGCCGCUUCCAGUGAUGCGGAGGCGGAGCUCCCUGACCGCGGAGAAGGACAACGACCCGGAGCUGAAGCAGCGACCCGGCAGAGCGGCGGCGCAUCCGGCGACCCGAGGCCGACAGGGCCCGGGAGAGGAGCCGGGGAUGGGGAAGAGACCGUUCAGGAGGCUGGGGCUGCUGGGAAAGAUAAAGAGGAUGAUGAUGGUGCUGCUCUUCGUCUACAUCUCCAUCCCCUUCAUCAUCAAGCUCUUCCCCUCCAUCCAGGCCAAACUCGUCUUCCUCAACUUCGUGAGGAUGCCGUACUUCAUCAACCUGAAGCGACCUCUGGAUCAGGGGCUGAACCACACACACAACCUGUACCUGGAGCCUGAGGCGGGCCUGAACAUCGGAGUCUGGCACACGGUUCCUGCUCAGAUGUGGAAGGACGCUCAGGGCAAAGAUGGCGACUGGUACCGAUCCGCCUUUAGCUCCGCCCACCCUGUCAUCCUCUAUCUCCAUGGCAACGCAGGGACCAGAGGCGGCGACCACCGGGUGCAGCUGUACAAGGUCCUCAGUUCGCUUGGAUACCAUGUGGUGACCUUCGACUACAGAGGGUGGGGCGACUCAGACGGAUCGCCAUCAGAGCGAGGGAUGACAUCAGACGCUCUUUUCGUCUACGAUUGGCUGAGACAGAGGAUGGAGAAAACUCUGCCGCUCUACAUCUGGGGCCACUCUCUGGGGACCGGAGUGGCAACGAACCUGGUGAGACGGCUGUCUGAGCGAGGAAGUCCUCCUGACGCACUCAUCCUGGAGUCUCCGUUCACCAACAUCAGAGAGGAGGCCAAGAGCCACCCCUUCUCCAUGGUGUACCGCUUCCUGCCCGGCUUCGACUGGUUCUUUCUGGACUCCAUCACCGCCAACAACAUCCGCUUCGCCAACGACGAGAAAACCUGCGGGUCAGGUCUGAUCGGACCCGGUCCGGUUCGGUGCAGCAGCGACUCCUGGUGGCAGCCACAGGAAGUGCUGGUUGUCAUGGUUACCAUCUGGUUUCAGUGUGGACCACAUUUCCUGUCCGGUUCUGAUUCUACACGCCGAGGACGAUGGAGUGGUUCCGUUCCAUCUGGGCAAAAAGUUCCUCUGAACAGUUCCUCUGCGGUCCUGCAGCUCUACAGUCUGGCGUCUCGCUCCAGCAGCCUGAGCGGUCAUAAGGUUCAGUUUGUGGCGUUCCCAGCGGCUCUCGCCUUCAGACACAAGUACAUCUACAGAAGCCCGGAGCUGCCAAACAUCCUCAGUGACUUCCUGGGUGUGGCUCACCCCGCUGCGGCGUGACGACGGCUCGUCUUCAUGGACUGAACAUUCCUGUUAGCAUUCCCAACGUCUCGGCUGACGGUACGGCUACCACUGUUACCAUGGUUACCUCGGUGACCGUGUCCUGUGGGCUGCAGAACGGAGGUUUUGUUUCUCACCUGCAUGGUUCCUCCUCACCGUCGGCAGGAAGCUGUUUCCUGUUCUGACUUGAAAUAUGAAUUAAAUCUGGUUUUAUGUA